CAAACCGAUGUCGAACAUAUGAAUUUCAGAACUAUUUACCCGACAUCACAUCAAAGAUGAAAUGUCUAUUGUACAUGAUCCUAUUUCUGCCUGUGGUCUAUUUACAAUCCCAAGAUGAAUGUGGAAAAGUAUCACUCUCUUGUGAAUUCCCUACAAGCCGUAUCAGUGGAGGAGAAGAGACAUGUUCAGAGAUGCAACCAUGGCAUGCUCUUAUUAAGUUUCAAGGAAAACAUAUGAAAUGUGGAGGUGUACUCAUCACUGAUCGCCAUGUGCUCUCAGCUGCCCACUGCUACUGGUCCAACAGUGUUAACUGCCAUGUUAAAUUUCACAGUUUUACACUUGAGCAAUGCAGAGCAGAUGUAGGAUGCACCAACUCGGGCUGUAUCAGGUUUGGAGAGCAUGAUAUUCUGGUUUACUUGGGUGUGACAGAUUCUGCUGAAUUAGGAUAUGGAGAAGUAAAAACUCUAGAGAAGCUUGAUCUGCACCCAGGCUGGGUAAAAGAAACACAACAAAAUGGCAUUUUGCAAGGAAAUGAUUUAGCUGUGCUAACCUUACGCUCAAGAGUAGAUACUGCCUGCACUCACAUUAUGCCUAUUUGUCUUCCACUCCAGCCUUCAGUGAUUGGUAAGAUGGCAUAUGUUGUGGGCUUUGGAUUACAAAGCGGUAACACUCUUUCAACAACAAGACUGAAGAAAGCAGAAGUUCAAAUCAUGAAGUGUGAGAACAGGGCAGGAACCCAAAAAUGGCCCAUCAGAGGUAAUCAACUGUGCGCAUUAGGUGAAGAAACUGACCAGGUAACUGUUGGUGAUGCCUGUAGAGGAGACAGUGGGGGAGGUCUAUUUUAUGUUGAUGCAAGCAACAAGAGGAACAGCUAAAUUUCAUUAAGACUAAUAAUUGAAUGAUAUAUACUUUGGAGAAAAAAACUCAGCGGGAGCGGUUGAACCAGCGGUU